CUGUCUGAAGUGUCAGCGGGGCAGGGCACGCCCAGAUGCUUCUCAACGUCAAGGCUUCUCGCACUUCCUUGCUUAUUCUGGCGAUGUAAAAAAGAUUGCUUCCGUGAGACACAAGACCAGUAAUUACUGCCAACGAAGGUCAUGCCAGCCGUCGCAAAAGCAUUCACCGAGUGUAUCAUGAAGAGGUGCCGAUACCUGAAGUUGUUUGCCUACAUCAUGUGCCUCUGCAGCGGCGUGGUUGUCGCCGUGCUUGGCUAUGCGUCUCUGACCAGGCUCAACGUGCUCAGCACGGAUAGUCGGCGCUGGGGACUCCACGAACACCAGCGACACCUUGCGGCGCUCGCGGUCGCCACCGUGGUGCUUGGUUCCGCGUGUGCCUUGGCAGCCGUGCUUGGCUGCGUGGACGCGCUGCUGGCGAGAAGACCUCACCUGGUGCUGGAUGUCAUUGCGGGCGUCCUAAUUUUGGCUCAAGUUGGAGUUGCUUCCGCAGGAUUCACUUUAAUGAUAUGGGUCAAGAACGACAUUCCGCCAGGAAGGACCAACUGCAAAGGCUGUCUGAAGAACAUGAUUUUCGUCUGCGGCAGGCUCAUACCGGCAAUAGGAAGCCUGCUUCUGACAUCCAGUGUAGCCCAGUGCAUUGCGAUUGUUGUAAAUCGUGUCGACCAGUCACAAGCCGAAGUUCAAGCCAAGCUUGAUCGGGCGAACAAUCUAGAGGAGUACAGAAUGAAAACAGUGGACCAAUUCAUCGGCUCAUGGGCACCUAGGAAAAGCCGAUCUUGGGGCGGAAACCUCGACUACUCGGACUCAAUGUUUAGCGGUUCUGUAGGUGCGAGGGAAACUGCUGCCGCUACCACGCCACGGGUGAAACUGCGGUUCGGCGCCGUCAAGUCUCCUCCGGAGAGGAUCCGGCCUCCGAUCAAGAUCGUCAUCACCGAGGCCCCAUCCGACGCCUCCACCAGGGCCGCCGCUGGCGCUGCUUUCCAGCGAGACACGCAGGGAGAAGGGGGAACCCUGUCCCUUCCCGACUUCAGUAACUACGCAAACGUCGAGUAGGAGGCCGUCGCUGGGACAAUGGAAAACUUCACCUGCACGAAAGCACGCAGCGUAUGCUUACGGCUGUAAUACGGAACGACAGUUCAAGCCCUGUAAUCUCUACUAUAUGGUCUGCUCUUUCACACGUGAGAACGACUAAUGGUUCUCAGGUCGGACAUUCGCGCUAACUUAAUUGUUUCGGAGCUACCGGGUAAAAAAAAAAGCUAGUACAUGCUUUCUAAAAGUGUGCACCAGAGUCUACACGCUUGGCGCCUCACCUUGCUGCAUUUUCUUUUUUUGCAAGUUGCAGUGAAGUUAGUUUAGCUGUGCGUGUUUGAAGACGAAGUUAAUACGAAUCAGCAACAUGUCUAAACUGCCACGUCAGCAAACUUUGUCACCUUUUACGUAGGCUAUUACUCGCGCAUGCGUGUCUCCUUUUAAGAAAUAUAUUCGCGGAACUUAUCGCACAUUUUGCUAUAACAACUGUUGUUUGAAACUAUUUAUAAACAAUUCACAACUAACCUGAAUGUUUCCACUCGAACAGAUGCUAGCACAAGUAAAUAUUGCGCGCUAGCUUUUGACUUCUUUUAUUUAAAUUUUAACAACAUUCCUGUAAUAAAAACUUUCUCCAAACCUU